AUGAGGAGGGCAGCGCUGGUCAUUUGGAUAAGCUGUUUAAUGCAAGUGUCCCACGGUGCCCAGGGUCACUACGCUCGUAAACUGUUGAACGACCUGAUGGAGGAAUACUCCAACGCCCUCAGGCCAGUGGAGGACACAGACAGCGCUCUGAACGUGUCUCUGCAGAUCACCUUGUCACAGAUCAAGGACAUGGAUGAGAGGAAUCAGGUUCUGACCACCUACUUGUGGAUUCGCCUAGUGUGGCAUGACGCCUAUUUAAAGUGGAACAAGGAGGACUACGAUGACCUGGAGAUGAUCAAUAUCCCUAGUGACCUGGUUUGGAAGCCUGACAUCGUUCUCUACAACAAAGCUGAUGAAGAGGAGGAUUCUGGCACCAGUAACACCAAUGUAAAGCUUCGCUACAAUGGAGAGAUUAUAUGGGAUUCUCCUGCCAUCACAAAGAGCACAUGUGUGGUGGAUGUGGCAUACUUCCCCUUUGACUGGCAAAAUUGCAACCUCACCUUUGGCUCCUGGACCUACAACGGAAACCAGGUUGACGUCAGUUUAGGAAUGGACAGUGGGGAUCUAUCCGACUUUGUGGAGAACGUGGAGUGGGAAUGCCAUGGAAUGCCAGCGGUCAAAAACGUGAUGAUGUACGGCUGCUGCUCUGACCCCUACACAGAAAUCACCUACACCCUUCUGUUAAAGCGGCGCUCCUCGUUCUACAUCUUCAACCUGCUGCUGCCGUGUUUCCUCAUCUCCUUCCUGGCUCCCCUGGGCUUCUAUCUACCGGCCGACUCCGGGGAGAAGGUGUCCCUGGGUGUGACCGUGCUGCUGGCUCUCACUGUCUUCCAGCUGCUGGUGGCUGAGAGCAUGCCUCCUGCAGAAAGCAUGCCCUACAUCGGAAAAUACUAUAUAGCCACAAUGACAAUGAUCACAGCUUCUACGUCCCUCACCAUUUUCAUCAUGAACAUUCACUUUUGUGGCGCUGAAGCCAAACCAGUCCCUCACUGGGCCAAAGUGCUCAUCAUUGAUUACAUGUCCAAAAUCUUGUUUGUGUAUGAGGUGGGUGAAAACUGCACUACACCAGAGAGUAAGAAAACUCCAUUGUACUCUGAGGAACCCAUGAGUGAGAAGGGCCUUUAUGUGGAAGAUUACUAUGGCCAAGACGAUGCUUACAAGUAUUCUAAGAACCACAAAAGUCAGGUGAACGGCAACGCAAAUCGCAACCACUACAACAACCACGUAUCCCGACUGGAGAGAGGAGAGGCCAAGCGGGAGCCGGUUCAGAGGUAUCACCACAUCAUGAGAGAUGAGCUGGACUACCAGGCCCCUUCAAACCUGCACCAUCUGAACGGAGGCCUCAAAGAGCAGCUUCUCUUUAACCCUGAGAAACCACAAGUGCAGGCCUGUCCCGGCUGCUGCACGUGCCACCAACAUAAACAGGUUUUCAAGAAUAUCCAGUACAUCGCAGACUGUUUCAGAGAACAGAGGUCGACGUGUAUCAAAGUGGCGGAGUGGAAGAAGGUCGCCAAGGUCAUGGAUAGAUUCUUUAUGUGGAUCUUCUUCAUUAUGGUCUUCCUCAUGAGCAUCCUUAUCAUUGCCAAGGCAUCGUGA